AGGGAGAGAUUUGUAUUUACACUGCAGAUUAACCAAAAACAGUUUUCAUUUACAUUCAUUUACUUCCAUAGGUAUAAAAGAGGUGGGUCGGGGUACCUGAGUGUAUCGCCUUAGAGCUCCCCAUCCCCUGGUCCGCGGACCAGUCCCCACGUUCAGGUACUCUGGCCUCUCCUCGUCUGCACUUGUUGCCUCAGCUGCUGCUGAACAACGGAACUGAAGCGCGCUGGACAUUUUCUUCUGCAAUCCCGAUAACGAAACCAAAGAAAAGCUUUGUUCCCUGUUUGACAGUCCAAUAUUUUCACAUCUAUUGACGCUUCGACCGCAUCUCAUAUGUCCUAUUGUGCAGUGAAUUAAAUAAAUAGCCGUUUUAAAAGAGCGCCACAUGCUGAGCCCAAGGCAAACAGACAUGUGGAGGUGGACAACGGUGGCUGUUCUGGCCUUGAUGGCGCAAGAGGGAAUCGAUUGUCAGCCUUCAAACUGCUCAUACCUGCAUCUACUAGAUCAUUUAAAUCUGACGUCUGAAUCAUCUAAAGCUCAGUCGAUGACAAGACCUGUGAAACACUGGCGCACCCAAACAGAUGUUCUGCUGGACAUGCUACUCUACGGUAUUCUAAACAUGGAUGGAAAAUCUCAAACCGUCACGAGUCACGUCUGGUUACGACUGAGCUGGACAAAUGAAUUCCUAACAUGGAAUCCAUCUGACUUCUGUGGAAUAGACUUAGUGGCCAUUCCAACGUCAGACCUCUGGAUCCCAGACAUAGCCAUCUUGGAAGAUGUCUCGGACAGUGGGAGUGUCCAGCGGAGUCCGUUGUCCACUUUGCACCCCAGCGGAUUGGUGUUGGCCGAGAAGCGCCAGCGUCUAACCACUACUUGUCGUCUUGAUCUCUACAUGUUUCCCUUUGACAAGCAAAUCUGCAACAUCACAUUUUCAUCUGUGAACUACAACGAACACGAACUGAAACUUGGAACAUGGAGGGGCGGAGCGUUUCUUACCUCAGUCUCUGAAAAGUUAAUGAUCACAGAGGGAGAGUGGCAACUCGUCAACAUGAGCAUUUUGGUGUCAUCUGUUGGAAAUGAUAAUUCUUCCGUGAGCAAACUUAUUUAUAUGGUCACAAUAUCACGGAAGCCGCUACUCUACAUCAUAAAUCUGAUUGUGCCGCUUUUAUUUUUUCUGCUCCUGGAUGUGGCUUCCUUCUUAAUAAGAGGUGACAGGCUGAGCUUCAAACUGACCAUCCUACUUUCCAUCUCAGUCCUUUUACUCAUUCUUCAAGACAUGCUACCUUCCACAGAGGAGACCCUGCCUUUGAUUGCUAACUACUGUGUGACAGUUUUCACACUGGUGGGAAUCAGUAUCCUAGAGGCCAUGCUGGUAAACUUUUUACUGAGUGUUGACGUGUGCUGUGCAAAGAGGACGUCUGCAAAGUCUGCAGAAUCCCAACUGGAAAUUCAGAUGGACGUCAAAUCUCACACAGAACAUGGAGGGGCCACAAAAAAAGUCCAGACAAAGUUGUCAAGGAUCCAGGAUGAACAUCAACUGCUGAAACUAAUCUUAACGGAAGUAAAAGCCACUCGAAAGCAAACAGAGAGAGAAGCCAAGGAGGGCAAAAAAGUUGGACGCUUUGCUAAAUUGGCAGCGAUCAUUGAUACUGUCUACUUCAUCCUCUACUUAAUUGCUUUCGUUGUUUACAUUGUGUGCAUGUAUUACGAAUGGGUUAAUACUUAUUUCUCAAUGAAAUAAAAUAUGAGUGAGGGGUUGUUUUUUUUUUGCAAUGUUUA